AUGAAUAACAUACGAAAAAGAAAUGAUACAAAAAAUUAUUACAAGUUUAAGGAAACGGAUGAGGACCAAAAUGCCAGUGGAAGCAUGAGCAGGUCACAGUCGCAUGAGAACAGCCAGAUAAUCCCAAAGUACGACUACGAAAGUGACCGAGAAGAAAAAAGCCUAAUCAGUAACAUAUUUUCCACGAGGAAGCCCAAACAUGCAGGUGCCGGAUUAGUGUCAGGGCUAAAAUCAGUAACAAAAGGGAUAAUCGUGGGGACAAGUUUUUUGUUUAUAUCUCCCUAUUUAUGUGCCAAAGCUGAAGGAAUUAAUGGGUUCUUCAAAGGGAUGUUUUUUGGCCUCCUAAGUGCAAUAGUUAUCCCGAUCAUCUCACUGGGAGUGGCUAGCUACCAAAUUGGCAGGGGUAUAAUGAACACCCCAGAAUCGAUAGCUCAGAGGGCUCUGGGCAAAAUCUGGGAUGAUGAAAAAAGGGAGUGGUAUGAUUUUUACUACAAUUUGGAUGAAGAAGCGAAUAAAGUGUUAAACGAAAUUAACGACAACGGUGGCAAUGGAAAUGGUGGAAACAGUAGCACCAAUGGUAAUGCCACGUAUGAGAGAAAGAAUGAUGUAGAUAACGAUGAGUAUUACAAUAAGAAUGGAAAUAUAAAAGUUAAGAAUGAUGAAUUUUACAAGAUUUUACAAGUGCCAACGAAUGCUAGCCAAAAUGAAAUUAAGAGACAGUACUAUAAGCUAGCCAAAGAAUACCAUCCAGAUAAAUGCUCAGAUUCGAAGGCCAAAGAGCAGUUUCAAAAAAUUGGGGAAGCUUAUCAAGUGCUCGGUGACGUAGAGAGAAGAAGAAGAUAUGAUAAGGAAGGCAAAAACGCUAUCAACAGUAUGCAGUUCAUCGACUCUACCUUUUUUUUUACCCUACUCUUUGGUAGCGAAAAGUUGGACCCAUACAUUGGUAAACUCAGAAUGGUGAUGUAUGUAGAGUAUGAACAAAUAUACAAAGAUGAAGACGUGCAGAGAAUUAUUGUCAAAGAACAGAAUAAGCGAGAAGUCCAGCUAGCUCUUCACCUGAGAGAAAUAUUAAAUAAUUAUAUCCACGGGAAUAAGGAGGAAUAUAUUGCAAAAUUUGAAGAAGAAAUUAAAGACCUAUGCCAAACUUCCUUUGGACAUGUCAUUUUGGAAAAUGUCGCCUGGUCUUAUGAAAAUUGCGCCAACCAAUUUUUAGGAGAUAAAUAUAGCCUAUUCGGGAUUAGUGGCAAGUACUAUAAAAUGCAACAGAAAAAGAGAGUAAUCGGUACAGGGUUUAAAUUCGUAAAAACAUUAAUUAAGACCAGCUCUUUGGCUAGCCAAAUUAAGAAAAAGGAAGAAGAUGAAGAUAUGUCGCUGGAAAAAACAGCCAAAGUGAAUAAAAAAAUUGAAGACUCCCUGCCAGCUAUUGUCGAAACGAUGCUCAACAUUUGCCUCAUUGACAUUGACCAAACCAUAAAGGGCGUGUGCAAAAAGGUGUUCACGGACAUGUCCGUGGACGAGAACAUGCGGAAGACCCGGGCGGAGUCCCUCAUCGUGCUGGCCAAAGUGAUGAAGAAAAUCAUCCAGGAUUUUAAGAAGAACAACGAGGUCACGGAUACUAAGAAGCUGUUCGAGGAUGCGUGCAUGAGGGCGUACCAGAAACAGGAUGACGAAUACAACUGA